AUGAAUAACAUCGAGGCACAGCCGAGCGAAGAUCUGCUUAGCUCACAGUCGUCAGAUGAAAAAAUGGAUACUGGAUCAGAAUCUCAUAACCAAAGCACUCCUAAUUCAAACUCAUCAGAUUUUGAAGAUAUGAAAAACUCAGAAGUUUUACGACUCUCCGAACCUGAUAGUUUCUCAUCGAAAAUGAUGGAAAUCUCUAUUAAUACCAAUCAUAGUUUGAAGAAUAGUAAUUACAAAGCGUCAACUCUUACUUUAACAACAGAUCAUCCAUUAAUGGGUCUACCUAGCCCAGACGAUAAUAAGUUUAUAAAAGUUGACAGCGAGAAAGAUGCUAGUCUUUCUAGCAUAGAAGGCGACAAGAUAGCUAGUAGGAAUGGAUAUGCUCUGUAUUCCCCACAAAAAAAUACAUCCAAAAGUAACUUGUAUGUAACAGCAGAUAGUAACUUAGAUUCAAUAAAUUAUUCGUACUGUUCAAACGGGGUUACACCGAGACGAAAGAUUAUUUCAAGAUUAUCAACUACCCCUCCAGACACCCCGCAAAACGCAAUAUUACGUUUUGAAAGUAGGAUUGGAAAGAAUAGCAGUACACCAAAAAAUGAUGAUGUGGAGGAAGAAAAGUUUCAUUCCGGGGCAACAGAAUGGUGCGAUUCCCCUUCGAAUAUUCGAACGAUGCCGAACUUCGAUCUACCGAUAGAGAUGUCUUCAAGCAUAAAAAACAGUGCCAUACAAAACGGGCGUGAAUCAGCAGACUCGGUUUGGAGCUAUGAUAAGUCCCCUUACGUAGCGCUGAUGGAUGUCUACUCGGGCUCCGUAGCGCUUCGACCCGCUGUGUACCGAAGCCCUACGCCACAGAAGCGGAAGAUACAAAUCCCACCCUUGGACGACACGUGUAGCUUAGGCGGAAGCGAUUGUUCAUUAAACUCAGAUGAUGAACAAGAUCUACAUGAGCCUGAACCAUUAGAUCCACCCAGCGAAGCCGACGAUACCCAGCGAUCAAAGUCAACAGCGACAGCAAGCGAAUGCAGCGACCAGAUACCCGAGUACUCCGCUAGCGAAGAGUUCAGGGACGAGCGAUCGUGGCUUCACGUGCAACACAGUGGAGUACAGGCCACAUGCGAUAUGAAGGUGAUAGAACCAUUCAAACGUGUUAUCUCUCACGGCGGAUACAGUAGCGAAGGUGCUGCCAUAAUUGUGUUCAGUGCGUGCCAUUUGCCGGACAACGCCAGGCCGGACUAUAGAUACGUUAUGGACAAUCUGUUUCUAUACGUAAUCUGGAGCUUGGAGCGCCUGGUGACAGACGAAUAUAUCCUAGUGUAUUUGCAUGGAAGUGCGGGUAGACGCAGAAUGCCCACCUUCGCUUGGCUACACGAGUGUUAUAAACUUAUUGAUAGACGGUUACGUAAAAACUUAAAACAAUUGUACCUGGUCCACCCCACCUUCUGGCUUAAGUCUUUCGUUGUUAUAACAAAACCUUUUGUGAGUUCAAAGUUCUUCCGGAAGCUGAACUACGUGAACACUUUGGACGAGUUGAUGAGUAAAGUGCCAGUCGAGCCUAACGCUAUUCCGGAAAUCGUCAAACAUUUUGAUACACAUCGACGAUAG